CUCCUCUCUAAUAUAAAACAUCCAAGCACUCCGGUCUAGGGUUUCUAUCAGCGGGGGUUUCGUAUCGGCUGCUUCAGUCUCCUGCCUCGAAGCCCCCAUCUCGGGAAAAUGCCGUCACACAAGACCUUCAGGAUCAAGAAGAAGCUGGCGAAGAAGAUGAGGCAGAAUAGGUCUAUCCCUCACUGGAUUCGUAUGAGAACUGAUAACACCAUCAGGUACAAUGCGAAGCGCAGGCACUGGCGACGUACCAAACUAGGGUUUUGAGCUGGAAUAAAUCAUUUGAAGUUCGAACAAUUUAAGUGCUAUGUAGUUUUUAAUUUUUUCAGACUUGAAUAUCCAGAGGAAUUUUUUUGUUGUGAUUUUGAAGGGGUGGUUUAUUUUUUUAGCUUGAUUUUAUAUUUGAAGAAAUGGUUUAGACCAGUUCAAGCUUAAUGUGAUGACCAGUUAUUUAUUU